AUGGCUUACAACGAGGCGGCCUGGAUCACAGCGCCCGGAGAGUAUCCCCUCGCCGUUAAGGAAGCCCCUAAGCCUUCUGCAAAGCCCGGAGAAAUUGUCAUCAAGAAUGUCGCCGUAUCCAUCAACCCUGUCGACUGGAAGAUUCAGUCUCAUGGCAGAUAUCUAUCUCAAUAUCCAUUUAUCCUUGGCACGGAUGCCGCUGGCUUCGUGGAGGAGGUCGGCGCCGGCGUCACUCGAUUCAAAAAGGGCGACAGGGUUAUCGCUCACUGUCAUAGUCUAAUGACAAGAGACCCUGCCAACUCCGCUUUCCAAAGCUACCCGGUCGCCAUUGAUUCCUUAGUGUCUCCCAUCCCCGACACGAUGAGCUUCGAGCAGGCUGUUGUUCUCCCACUCGCCAUUUCGACAGCCUGUGCCGGCCUGUAUCCCAAGGACCAUCUCAAUCUCCCAUUGCCUUCGGCUACCAAACACGAGAAAAACGGUAAGACUGUCUUGAUCUGGGGCGGUGCAUCGUCCGUCGGCGCCACCGCCAUCCAGCUCGCAGCCGCCUCGGGUGUGACUGUUAUUACCACGGCUUCCCCUGCCAACCACAGUCUAGUCAAGUCACUUGGUGCCGCCGCGGUCUUUGACUAUAAGUCAGCGACCGUCGUCGAGGAUAUUGCCAAGGCUCUUAAGGAAACUGACUUUGUUGGCGUGUACGAUGCCAUUGGCGAGGAAUCUAGCUUCGAUGCUGUAUUUGCUAUUCUUGACCUACUUAACAUGAAGGUUCCCGUUGCCAGCGUCCUUCCCAGCAACAAGAGCACGGAACAAUUCGCCCCAGCAUACGUCGUUGCCUUCAGCAUCAUUCAAGAGCCCAACUUGCACAUUGGGGAAUGGAUUUGGACGAGCUUCAUCCCCGAGUCCCUGGCUAACGGCUCGUUCAAGGCUAAGCCUGAUCCCUCCGUGACUGGCCACGGCCUGGAGGACAUUCAGAAAGCUCUUAACGUCCAACGCAAGGGUGUUUCCGCAAAGAAGAUAGUUGUCACUCUUUAA